CCCGCGGUGCGGCGAGACUCCGCGCGAGGACGCUCGAGAGGGAGGCGCUCGAGCGGCGGGAUAUCGCGGUAGGAGGCGGGCUCGCGCGGCGGCGAUCGAUCCGUCGAAGCAUCCAUCCAUCGUCCGCCCGUCGUCGUCGUCGCGCGCGAUGGCGGAGACCGCGGGAGGGAGCCGGCUGGAUCGCCUGAUCCAGCUCCUCGAGACCGGCUCCACCGCGGCGGCGAGGAACGAAGCCGCGAGGCAGAUCGGCGAGAUCGCCGCCGCGCACAGCAACCAGCUCCCGAACCUCCUGCGACGGAUCCGGUACCUCUUGAAGAACAAACAAUGGGAGACGCGCGUCGCCGCGGCGAGGACGAUCUCGCACGUGUGCUCCGGGAUCUCGCACGCGACGGUGGAGGACGUCGCGAAGCUCGAGGGCACGACGGCGGACGCCGCGCGCGCGGACGCGGCGAACCUUCCGAAGCCACCGUCCGGGGGCUCCGAGAACGCCGACGCCGGCGAGGCCGCGGACUUGACGUUCGACGAGUUCGACAUCGUGGGCGUCCUCGAGCGCGCGGCGCCGCUGCUCGCGAACAAGGUGGACGCGCUCGACGCGGCGGCCGACGACGCGAAACUCUCGAAGGCGGAGCGAUUACGACGCGCGAGGCUGACGCUGCGGCAGCGCCUCGGCAUGUCCGUGAAAGAGGAGGACGACGGCGACCGCGACCGCGGCGACGACAACAAUAAGCCGCCCGCGUCCGGGGUCAACACCGGCGCGUUCAUCGACGUCGACGACUUGCUCGGGGAGGACGACGUGGACGACGAGAUGAUCAAGAGGGAGCCGGACGCGGAGGCGGGACCGAAGAAGGUGGACGCGACGGAUCUCGGGCAGCUCAGCGCGCGCGAGCGGAACCGACUGAAACGGAAGCAGAAGCGCGCGGCGAAGGACGACGGCAGCGGCGGCGCGCCCGCGGCGAAGCGCGCUGCGACCUCGGGGAAGGGCGGCGGCGUGAGAGACAAAGAGCUCGACGCCGCCACCGCCGCGGAAGCCGCGGAGGACGACGACGAAGCCGCGGAGGUUGAAGCCGGGGGCUGGCCGUUGUCGCGCACGUGCGAGAGCCUCGCGUACUCGCUCUUCGCGCCUCGAUGGGAAGAGCGCCACGGCGCCGCGGCCGCGCUGCGCGAGGUCUUGCGGCACCACGCGUCGAUGGCCGCGGUGUCGCGACCGCCGACGCGCGCGACGUCCGCGCCGCCGGGCGCCGCCGCGGAGGCGGCGAGAGCCAACGCGGCGUGGCUCGAAGACGCCGCCGUGCGUCUGCUCUGCCUUCUCUCCCUCGACCGGUUCGGCGAUUACGUCGGCGACGGCGUCGUCGCGCCGGUGCGGGAGACGGGCGCGCAAGCGCUGGGCGCGUCGCUGUUACCGCUGCCGCCGACCGCGGUCGAGGCGGUCACGAGAGCGGUGCUGGUGUUGUUGCGUCGGAAGGAGUGGGAGGUGCGUCACAGCGCGUUGUUGGCGUUGCGAUACGUGCUCGCGGCGCGCGCGUCGCUCGCGCCGCGGCUGCUCCCCGCCGCGCUGCCCGCGGCGACGAGAGCGCUGGACGACAAGGACGACGACGUCCGCGGCGCCGCCGCGGAGGCGCUCCUCCCCGCGGCGUCGCACCUCCCGAAACACAAAGACGAAUUCCCGCCGUUGCUUCACGCGUUGUGGGGUUUGCUCGGUCGUCUGGACGACCCAGAUUUGCUCACGUCGCCGUCCAACGUGCCCAUCAUGUCGCUGAUUUGCGCGCUGUACGAGCUCCCGGAGACGACGAGCGUGCGUCCCACCGCGGAGGAGAACAGCACGCUGAAGGACGUCGUCCCUCGAGUGUUUCCGUUCGCCGCGCACCCUAUCGUGGCCGUGCGCGUGGCGGUGUGGCGGACGCUGCGGCGGCUUCUCGCGAGCGGCGGCGAUGAGAAUCCAAACUCUAAACCGGAGUGGCUCGACGCGCUCUCGGAACCGAUCCUGCGACUGCUGUUCCAGGCGCUCCUCCUCGAGGAAGACGACGAGACCGCGACCGCGGCGUCCGACGCGUGGAACGACGUCCUCGAGCGCGCGGGCGACGACGCCGUCGCGAACGUGGUCGCGGCGCGCGUCGAGGGUUGGUGCUCGACGACGGCGACGACGACGGGCGCGAGGCCGGACGCGAAGCUUCUGUACGUCGUGUCCUUGGGCGGCGGCGACACCACCGGCGCGGACGAGCGCGCGCACGUGUCCACGAGCGAGUGGACCGUCUCCACGGCUGGGCGGUUCCGCGCGAUCGAGGCGCUGUCAAAGCUCGCGGAGGUUUUGUGCGGUCGCGGGGGCGGCGCCGCCGGCGCCGCCGCGAAGGCGUUGGAAGCGCAGGUGGUUCGUCUCAUGGCGUCCAACCGCGCGACGUGGCGGCUCACGGGCGCGCACCUUCUCUCGAGAUGGCUCACCGCGAUCCCCCCCGGGUCGCCGAAGCCCGCGCUGGAGGCCCCGGGCGCGCGGUUGGGUGAAAUCUUAGCGGCGACGAAUCCGGCGUAUCCGUCCGCGCCGUCGCCCGUCGGGUAUCUCGAGCUCGCGAAGGUGGUCGAGAGGGUGAAGACGGAAGCCGCGGGGUUGUUACGCGCCGCCGCGAGCGCGGGGGUGGCGCCGACGGGGGAGGUGCCGUCGCCCGCCGCGGACGGGUUCGGCGCGGAGCACGCGGGGACGCUCUCCGCGGCGAUUCCAAAGCCGUAUGUCGACCCGGCGCUUCGCGCGUCGGGUCGCUUCGACGCGCUCGUCUUACUCCGUCGUCGUCGGGCUUCUUCCCCUCGUGUUGGCGUGGCGUCUGAUCCUCGCGGUCGGACGUUUGCUGCUGGCGUGGCGUCUGAUCCUCGCGGUCGGACGUGCGCUGCGUCUGAUCCUCGCGGUCGGACGUGUUACCUGCGUCUGAUCCUCGCGGUCGGACGCACGCGCCGCAGCACAUCGCCGUGCGCGGCGGGAGGAGGCACCGCGUCGACGGGGGUCACCCUUUCGCGGGCAUGGACGAGGGCGUCGCGCGUUCGCGCGCGCGCUCCUACACGAACGAAACGUCAGGGCAUAGCAGGUUUCCCCAGCCUAGCAUUGGCUCCGGGAGAAGUAUCGUUGCCCCCACAUCUUCAGAGCAAUCUCGAACUCGACUCUCGAUUCGAUCGUCCGUCUGACCCGUCCGACCGCGCGCGCGUCGCUCCGGUCAUCGCGCGAUGCUCACGAUCGAUCGACCCCUCCUUCCUUCCUUCCUCCCUUCCUUCGAACGCGACGCAGGGUCCCGCGGCGGUGGAGUCGGCGCGGUCGCAGCUCUUGGCGUCCGCGGCGUACCUGCACUCGGAACAGACGCGGUUACACUCCGGCGUCCUCGCCGCGGCCGCGUCCGCGGCGGUCGCGUUCGGCGCGCUUCCCGCGAAGCUGAACCCGUUCAUUCAACCGCUCAUGAACGCGAUCAAGCGCGAGAGGGACGAGCUGCUUCAGACGCGAGCCGCGGACGCGCUCGCGGGGUUGAUCAAGCUCUGCGUCGGGCGGACGCCGUCGCCGGUGGGGAAGAUCGCCGGGAACGUGUGCGCGCUCGCGUGCGCGGACCGCGCCGAGACGCCGAACGCGCUGGUGGAGGCGGACGCGCCGUCGGAGUGCGGCGCGAAGGAAGUUUUGUCGGACAUGUCGGAGUUGUCCGACGCGGCUGUCGCGCGGCGCGGCGCGGAGGCGACGUUACGCGCGCUGUCGUCCGCGUUCGGCGCGUCCGUGUUCACGUCCGCGCCGAAACUCUGGGAGCUCAUGGCCGGGUCGCUGACCGCCGCGGGAGCCGCCCCGCAGGCUGUGGUGGACGGAUUGCAGAUCCUGAAAGUGUUGGGCCCAGUCGCGCACGCGGACGUGCGCGCGUCGGUGCUGGAAUUACUCCCCGUCGCGUUCGACAAAGCCACCGCCGCGGGUUCGUCCACGGCGCUGCAGACGACCGCCGCGCGCGCGAUCGCCGCGCUCGCGCUCGCGGCGCCGUCCGACGUCGUCCCGUCGCUCCUCGAGCGGAUCGUCCCGGCGUUGGAAAACGCCGGAGAGGCGGACGACGCGGCGGCGAAACGACGCGGCGCCUCCGCGGUGUCCGCGAGCCUCGUGCGCGCGCUCGGCCCCGCGCUCGCGCCGUUCUGCGUCCUUCUUCUCGUGCCGCUCAUGGGUCGCAUGUCCGACCCGCACGAGAGCGUCCGGGAGAUGGCAACGCGGUCGUUCGCCGCGCUCGUGCCGCUGCUGCCGCUGGCGCGCGGCGCGGCGCAGCCGGAGACGUUGUCCGACGCGCAGAAGAAGCGAAGCGAAGCGGACGGCGCGUUUUUGGAAGCGUUGCUGGAUAACAGCAAGGUGGAAGACUUCGAGCUGCCGUUUCACUGCAACCGCACGUUGCGACCGUAUCAACAGGAGGGCGUGAACUGGCUCGCGUUCCUGCGAAGGUUUAAACUCCACGGCGCGCUGUGCGACGACAUGGGGCUGGGGAAGACGCUGCAGAGCACGUGCAUUCUCGCGGCGACCGUCGUCGAGCGUCGAAGAGAACGCUUACCGAAACUCCCCGCGCUCGUCGUGUGCCCGCCCACGCUCGUCGGUCACUGGGCGCACGAGAUCGGUCUGUACGUCUCCGAGGACGUCUUAAAGCCGCUCGAGUACGCGGGGUCGCCUAACGAACGCGCCGCGCUUCGGCCCGACAUCGAAUCCGGGGAAUACGACGUCGUGAUCAUGUCGUACGACGCGUUACGGCAAGACGUGGAGUAUCUCACGACGAAUAAAUCGUUUUCGUAUUGCAUCCUGGACGAAGGCCACGCGAUUCGGAACCCGAAAGCGCGUAUCACGCAGGCGGUGAAGAAGAUCCGCGCGGAACAUCGGUUGCUUCUCUCCGGGACGCCGAUCCAAAACGACGUCGUCGAGCUCUGGAGUCUGUUCGAUUUCCUCAUGCCAGGUUUCCUCGGGACGGAGCGCGAGUUUAAGACGUCGUACGGCAUCGCCGGCGCGCGGUCCGCGGCGGCAAAAAAAGGCGGCGGCCUCACCGAAGCCGGCGCGCUCACCAUGGGCGCGCUGCACAAGCAGGUCAUGCCGUUCGUCUUACGGCGGACGAAGGACGAGGUUCUGAAAGACCUCCCGCCGAAAAUUAUCCAAGACGUCUACGUCGACCUGAGCGUCAACCAAAAGAAGCUCUACGACGCGUUCGAAGGAAGCUCCGUGAAGAGCGAGAUCGAGACCGCGGUUUCCGGCGGCGGCGGCGGCGCCGACGGCGACGGCGCGGGCGCGACGUCGCACGUGUUCCAAGCGCUGCAGUACCUGAGGAAGCUAUGCUCGCACCCGCGGCUCGUGAACGGAGGGAAGAAGGCGGUCGGCGGGAAGGUUUCCGCCGAAGACGCGUCGCCAAAGUUUGUCGCGUUGAAACAGAUCCUCCUCGACGCCGGCAUCGGCCGCGACCCGGACGUCGAGAGGGAAGAUCAAGAGACCGGGGGCUUCGCGAAGAAAGAGAGCGAGAGCAGCGGGCACCGGGUGUUGAUCUUCACGCAGCUCAAGGGGUUGCUCGACCUCGUCGAGGAAGAGCUCUUCGGGACGAUGAUGCGAGGCGUGUCGUGGUUGCGUCUGGACGGGUCGGUCCCGCCGACGCGACGGUUCGACGUCGUUCGGAAGUUCAACGCGGACCCUUCCAUAGACGUGUUGCUGCUCACGACGCACGUCGGCGGGUUAGGCCUCAACCUCACCUCCGCGGACACCGUGGUGUUCUUAGAGCACGACUGGAACCCGCAGAAAGACUUGCAGGCGAUGGACCGCGCGCAUCGACUCGGGCAAAAGAAAACCGUCAACGUGUACCGGCUUCUCACGAAGGGCACGAUGGAGGAGAAGAUCAUGGGGCUGCAGCGGUUCAAGCUCGACGUCGCGAACGCGGUCGUGAACACGGACAACAUGAGCCUGUCCGCGAUGGACACCGGUCAGAUGCUCGAGCUGUUCACGGCGGACAAGGGGGGCGGGAAGGGCGGCGGCGGCGGCGGCGGCGGCGGCGGCGCGGGGGGAGGCAACGCCGUCGCCGCGGCCGCCGCGGACGCGGCGAGCGGCGGCGUGAAAGCCGCGCUCGUCGGUCUCGAGGAGCUGUGGGACGAGAACCAGUACAAGGAAGAGUUCGCGUUGGACGGCUUCAUCAACAGUCUGAACGCGAAGGGAUGA